UCAGAGAGUAAUGUCAGGAAUCAAACCAAGUGUUUCAAAAGGAGAAAGUCAAGCACCGCAAACAAGACAAUUGGAAGCGUCUAAGCCUACAGUUCAAGGAAUAAUUGAUAUUCUUCAUGAUACCAUAAGCUAUGUCCAAGUUGAGAAACAAAGUAAAACUAUUAAUUUUUCCAUUCCUCAUUUGCAAAUGAUUAAAGAACAGCUUGAAAGUAUUCAAUUAAAAGAUAAAAACUACAAGGAUUUGGAAAAAAAGUUCAAUGAAAAACAGGAUGAACAUUUGGAAACAAUCCAGAAGUUAGAUUCAACACUCAGCCGUCAGAAGCUUAAGUAUGAUGAUAUGAGACAGGCACUUUCUGUAAAAAUCUAUACACUCGAGAAUGAAUGUUCCAAUUUGCAAGACAACUAUGCUGACUUGCAAAAUGAUUUUGAAGUUCAAAUUGAAAAAUUCAAAAAACUUCAAAACUUGAAAAGUAUUCAAAAUCACGAGAAUUCAAAAAAUGUGAAUCCUCUAACAUUGGAUGAGCUCACCGAACAGUUGAAACAAUUCAAAGAAGAACUAAGUAUUGAUCAGAAACUGAAAAAUAUUCAGUUAACUUGUGAAGGACUACAGUCAGCUGUUGGAAAUUUUGAAAUGAAUUCGAAAAAAGCUAAGGAAAUUGAAAUUCUUAAAAUGGAUAUAAAGAAGACACAAGAGCUCUAUGAAUCAAGACUGCUCAGGGCUGCUCAAGAAAACAAGAAACUGCUCAGAAAAAACGAUACAUUGAAAAACUAUCUUGAUAAUCAAACAGCGAAAAUUGGAGAGCUCACAGCUGGAAACAAAACAGAGAAUCGUUCACCAACUCCAACAUUGCAGGGACUUAUUGAAAUUCUUCAAAAGUUUUCAGACGAUCAAAAACUUGAACCAGAAUGUAAGAUGCUGCAGUUGCAUAAAGAGGAGUGUCGUUUGAUUUUGGAAAGUCUUGAAGUGCACGAUAAGAAAGAUCAAGAGAUUCAGUGGUUCCAAAGACAAAUUAACGAUCAGAAAAAAAGAAUCGCUAAUCUUGGUUGGUCAUACGAAAAUGCUCUUGAAGAUAAGGAUGCUCUAGAAUUAAAGCUUGAACAUCAAUACGAGCAGAUGAUGGAAUUGAAAAAGAAUUUCAUUCCGAAAAACGAAAUUUCUGAGGAUUUGGCGAAGACUGUCAGAAAUUUUGGAAAACGUCUCAGAAAUUCUCGAGGAAAUUUGAAGAAUGCGUUCAAAGAAUUAGAAGCUUUAAAAGAAGUUCAAGAGGAAGAAGGCUCAUCAGAUGAAAGUUCUGAAAGCAGCGCUUCUGAUGAUUUACCAGAUGGUGACAGCUCGUCAGAGGAAUAGCAUCGAAUCAGAAAAUUGAGAUUUCAUUGAAAUUAAAUGUACCUUCUUACAAUGACUAAUAUUUUAAAAAAUUUUAACUAUUCACAAAUCAACGAUUUUCUUGUUAUUCGCUCUACGAUAUAUCAUGAUUUCCCAUUUAUCCGACUUUCUCUUUGUUUUCAAAUUUUCUUGAUUAUUCUGAUUAACUUUACACUGUUCCAACUGUUCUUGUUUCUGAAAUAAAAUCUUCCAAU